UUGACAACGACAGGUGACAUGCUGGAUUGCUAAAUCAACAUUUAAAUCGGGGUUUUACCGAUACCAGAAACUAUGAAUGAUUUAAAAGGCCAAUCUCAAUGGGAUGAGCUAGUUAGAGUUGGCUAUUGGGUUUUGUGAAGCGUAAAGUGACAAAGAGUAUACUAGUAUUGCGGAUUUUUUAAAAUUGUUGCAUAUAUUCGGUUACUGUUUUCACAAACUCGGUUUCAACAAAACGUUAACGAAAGGUGCAUCGGCGUGCUCUAUCGACAUGAUGUCUUGGAUUCGAAUUCCUCACGUACCACUCGCUAUACUACUGGUAACAGUGUACCAAAAAGGCGAUUGCAUCUUAGAUGGCACAAUAGUCAGCGAUGCAAGAGAGAUCGAGAAUGGUGAUAACACUUCCGCGCCACUUUGCAAGUUCAGUGCAUGGGAAAGAAGCAAGAGUUAUUUUGACGUGCAGUUUCACGAAUCAGAUCCAGUAUUCGUGAAAUUCAACCUAACGAUAAGAGAGAAAUCAGUCGUGGAAUUGAGUCACACCGACGACGUGAUAUUGCCGCAUAACUGGGUCUGGACAUACUCAACCGAUAAAUCGAAUUAUCCAUAUCUAAGCUGGUACAUAGACUAUGGUGUCGUUUCAUUCUCCCUGCUUGAUGCACGAACACUCGAACUCGACUAUUUGGCUCUAGAUGUGAUACCGGUUAACCGAACGGAAAACUGUCGAUUAAUCAUUGGAGACAACGCAUCCAUGAUUAAUGUAGCAAAGGCCUUAUUUGAGAUUGUUGUUACAAAUAAUCCCGAGCAUCCAUAUCGAAAACAUUUCUUCUGCUAUCUGACAAAACUUCCAAAAGUUGACAAUUUUGCAGGACUAUACUUUAAUUUUCCAACUAAUGUAUUUCAAUACUCGUGUUGCAUUUUUGAUUACUCCUACACCGAGGGAAAGUAUUCAGAUCCGGAAUGUAAUCAAAAACAGCAGAAAUGGACUCUAUGUACAACAGGGCCAUAUUUUGCCGGAAUAAUUUUACUAGCGUUUUGUCCUAUAUUCGUCUUUCAAUUCUUAACUACAGUAGGCAAACACGAAAUAUGUCAGCCAUAUGACUUCAAUUGUCUCAUCGAUACUCCUUUAACGUUAUGUCAAGAUAUACAAGAAGAGGACAUGUGGAUAUUUCUAGACGGGAGACCUCCUCUCAGAUUAUUCGAUCUGCCUUCAAGGCUGCUAUCGGACUUGAAAGAAAAUCGCCCGUUAACAUAUUCAAGGCUGAGCCGACUGUUGUGUGUUCUUAUUGCUCCCGUGUUGCUAUUUGUAAGGGUGCUUCUGUUCAAAGACGGCAUUGGUUCAAAGAACACAGUAACAGUGGACGAUCUGGUUGCAAAAGGUACCCCAUUAGGAUUCCUGACUAUUCUUGCGAAAUAUGAACACGCACGGCAAACAUUUGUUCCAAUUCUAGGAGGGCCUUGGGUAGUUUUGGGGUUAUUCUAUAUUCUUGGUAUUAUUAUCAUCGUUGCGCCAAACAGUUUUAAGCAAAUCAUUGAAAACGGAACGCCGACAAAGAGAACUUGGUCGCCAUUAUUUUUUGGAGUUGACGAGGUGUUGCGCAUGGCUAUGCUUGAACCGGAAACAGCACCCGGAUACAGUAGGGCUUCCGAGUUUUGUCGAGGGAGCUUUCUUAUGCUUUUCAAUGGUUUAUUUUGGAAAAGAGUCUGCUAUGUAAACAAAAAGCGGUUUCUACGGUUAAUAGUCCGUUACAAAAUUGCGUUUAUUUUACUCGUUAUACCAGUGACCGUCCUUAGUUUCCUUGAGUUCGCUACUUGCCUUAUCUACAACGCCGUACCAUUCUUUAGCGGUGGCGUUAUUUUAAUGAAGGGUUAUAUCGUUUCCAUAUUAGAUCAGAUAAAUUAUCAUUUUGGUUCAAUAGUGUUUUCUUGCAAAUUUUCUGUCGUGUUUAUUAUUUGUACGUGUUCCAUACUAUUCUGUCUGUUUUUGUAUAUUUUGUGUUUGAUCUUCCUGGAAAGUUUCAUAUUCAUAUCGCAGAUAACAAUAAUGUGCUUUGUAGCAGUUGUAGUGUUCCCUUCUUCUAGUUUUGGAUAUUUAUUUUUUGUUGUAGCUAUUUUGUACUAUGUAACUCGCCUCAUUCGAUCAUUCGGGAAUGUGUACUUGGAAUUGCUUUCAAUCGCCGUUGAACAGUCUGUGGUUUCCGAAUCCCAUAUUAAGUCUUCUGCGUAUGAAAAUACAUCACAGAAGGUUCCAUACGAUGACACAGUGUGUGGCAACGACGUGCAAAACACUUCAGGAACACCUCCAGGCACAACAAUCCAUCGCACACGCCAAAGAAAGAACCUGCGCGGAAUACCAAGGAGUCUGUUUGAAUAUUUGAUUAACAAACACCGACCUUUAUACUUACAUGUGCUCAAAUUACUAUUAAGCAUUACCCUAAUUAUAGCAUUAUGGGUUGUUACUCUGUACAUACUUGACAAGUUCAACGUAUCGUCUCCCUCGGAGAGGUCUGACGUCAUGCACGUUGUCUUCGUGGUGAUAGUCGGUGCGUUGCCAAGGGUGUUGGAAGUCGUUUUUAUCGACGAAAGUGACGUUAUUAAAAGACAAGUAGAAGAAACAAAGAUUGCAAAGUCGAUUGAACGUUAUUGGAAUUGUCAGACAGUACAACUUGAAAAUUGCGCAUGAAGUGUUUGAAAGGUGAUAAAAGCGGUUUAAUUGACGUGUGAUAGGUGAAGGUUAAUGAUAUCACAUGGCGUGUAAAUGCUUACUAGAUAUAACUCGUAAAUUAGCUUAUGUACAACUGAUUUAACCACAGUGCAGCAAGCUGCAAAAAUGCAUUUAGUCACGCUUUGAUUUUGUCAUAUUUUUUAACAAUAAUUGAGGAAUUCGAAUAAAUAUGUGGAAUAUUUUUUAAUGAAUGCAACAUUUUGCCGCCCAAACAUGUAUUUUUAUACUUGUUUUAAUAACAGUUAUUUUCUGUGAUGGCAAAGUGUAAAAUGACGUAAUGACGUAUACAAAUCAAAAUCAUAUAUAUAUAUAUAUAUAUACACAUAUGUGUGUGUGUGUGUACAUUAUAAAAAUAACGUCAUAUUAGUCUCAACGACAAAAUGUCGUAAUGUAAUUAAUAAAAACACCAAAGGAUUUUAUCAAGUAUUAAUGUUUGAUAUUGUGUGAUGUUGUUUUCGAGGAUUCUUCAAGGAAGCAGUAUUUUUCAAAAUUCACAAUUAUUGUAAUAUAGCAAGCAAAUGAACAACGUGUUUUGUACAAUUGAAAGUAUGCUUGUCCAUAAUACAUUCACACAAAACCUUACUUGCAAACAUUUUACACCAUAUGAUAACACGUAUUGUUUUCUUACAACAAAUAAUGUCAUGCGUUAAAAUGCAGUCAUUUUAACUAGUCGAUAACGCGCGUGCUAUGGUCACAUAACUGUUGCACAUAAUUGUAUUCCUUACAUUGUGUUUGUGUAUGCGGAUUAAUCAAAUAAAACUUAGGCAACAUC